ACCUCCCUAGACGCAGAUCUCCGUCGCUGCGACGAACUUUACAAGUGACUGACGAUGGCGUCUGGCUCGAUUGCUGGCCUAAACCAACGAUUCAACGAACACAAUUAUCUGUGUGACAGUAUCGAAUGUAGCAGAUAAGAUCAUCUAUGGCUAGCCGCAACACGACGGCGUUAGGUAAGCCGUUAGUAUCCUGUCGCAAACAACGUGGGUCAAGAAUCGGAGCAACUCAAGCCCGCCUAGCCUCUAGGCCCCGACUCCCGGACUGAGCGAUGGAGCCCUGGAUGGACUUGCUCUUAGAUCGGGAUCCUUCUCUAUUGCCAUCACUCCACUCUCAACUUCGGACGUGUGCACUGGUUGUUUCUCAGUUCUAUCAGCACGUGGGCGAGAGGUUCUAUGGGAUAUUUGUUUCCAACGAUCUCCAACUGGUCUCCACGGCAAUUCCGCACGCAGAGCCGCAAAGCGGGCGGCGUCCGGGGGGCUGUGAUAAUGACUAAAUGCCAUCAAAUCUACCCGGUAUAUGAAGAUCCAUUGUUCUCCCCGUUCUUUUUGUGUCCAUCCUUUGGCCUUCCCCCUCCCUCUCCCUUUUAACCAUCCCUUCCCCCGCGACAUCCGACACUUCCCAUCAUGCCAUCCUUCUCUCUCCUCGCUACACUUUCUCUACCCCUCCUUGCUCUCGCCGCACCUCACGACAUCCGCUCUGUGAACGCACACCGUCGCGAUCUCAGCAAGCGCAGCACUUUCAAAUUGGUGGAUCACUUUAACGGAACGGAUUUUCUUAAAUGGGACUUUUUCUCUGCCGCUGACCCGACACACGGCGCUGUCAACUAUCUUACUGCGCAGGAGGCUCAAGCCAAGAACCUCGCCUUCACCCAGAAAGACGGAACGACUGUGCUCGCUGUCGAUAACACGACGAAGCUCAAGCCAGGCCAGAAGCGCGACUCGGUCCGCAUCAGCUCGCCCAAGUCGUACAACCAGGGGUUGUUCAUCAUGGAUGCAUGGGCCAUGCCUCACGGACCAACAGUAUGGCCCGCUUUCUGGAUGGUCGGCCCCAACUGGCCUCUCGGUGGUGAAAUCGACAUCGUUGAAGGUGUCGAGGACGCCUCCACCAACCAGAUGACCUUGCACACCUCUGAGGGCUGUUCCUUGGCUACCUCGCUCGUUCACGAAUUCACUGGCGCGCACACAAGCACAACUGAUUGCACCAGUGGGGGCAGUAACAACAAUGGAUGUGGUAUCACCGACGCUAACCCGAAGACAUAUGGCCACGAAUUCAACCUGGCCGCGGGCGGAGCCUGGGCAACCCUUGUUGACAACUCCGGGAUCAAGAUCUGGCACUUCGAGAGGAAUGCCAUGCCGAGUGAUAUCACGGCGCAGAAGCCAAACCCAAGCAACUGGGGCAAGCCUGCCGCGUUCUUUUCGUCGUCAGCCUGCCAAAUUGCGUCACACUUCUCGAACAUGGUCAUGACUUUCGACACCACCCUAUGCGGUGACUGGGACGGCGCUGUUUUCCAGGGCGGCUCCACCGCCUGCGCCAAUGCCGUCGCUGACCCGUCCAACUACGAUCUCGCCAAAUGGAUGCUUAACUAUGUCUCUGUCUACGAAUCUUCAUGAAUCGCAUGGCCGACUACACCCACAAACUAACCACAUCACUCUCUCUCUCUAGAAAACUAGAAACACGGAUCACUGUCGCUUUGGGUUGUUGUAUUUCUUCAUCUGCUAGUCACAUGAAGCUGGUUCUCUAUCACCAAUGUACUAGAUACAUAUGUUUUCGCGUUGUGGGAAUUGAUUUCUUCGCGCUUGUACUCGUUUGCUUGACGCUCCACUCGACGCGAGUGAAAAGUGGUAUCUGAUGGCGCAUGUGUCACGGGGUCGCGCACUUCCAUCCCUCCGACCAUCAACCGAUUAUGGAGGCUCCAGCUCCCUCCCCUCCAGCUCCGCCCGAUUCCCCUCCCAAGGAGACGUCCUGGCCACGUAGAACAGCCAAGGCUUGUUCGAAUUGCAGACGGGACAAAGUUCGGUGUGAUGGAGCGAAACCGUGCAGCGGGUGCACUAAGAAGGGCUUGCAAUGUCUCGAUGGGUGCGAGGCUUGCCGGAAGGCGCGGGCCCGGUGUGAGAAGUGCGUCUGAUUUCUGGCUUCGUCCGUACUCUUGCUAAACACAGCACGCGGUUGCUUCUCCACUACAGGGAGGGCGAUGCAUGCAAGCGUUGCGUAGCAGAGGGGAUCGAGUGUGUUGAGGACGUCUCGCUGCCGCCUACUGUUGGAUCCGAGCCCGCCAGCCUGUCAGAGAGAGUCAAGGCUGCCUGCCAGACCUGCAGGAAUGAUAACAAGAAGGUGUCUGGAACAAGCCGUAGCGCUACUCGGCGGCUGACUUCUUAUGUUCAGUGCGACGAUCAGCGGCCUUGCGCCCGGUGUGUCUCACGUUCGGAGACCUGCGUCCCGGCAGUCCUUUCACCCCGGGAGCCCGGCCGGCCGCGCUGCGACGAGUGCCGGAAGCAGAACGCUCGUUGCGAGGAGGGACGUCCGUGCUCGACUUGCGUCGCGGCCAAUGUCGAUUGCAACACCACUGGAGUCCGCCAAGCGGUGCGAACCACCGGGACGCGUGUCAAGGCCGUGAGUAUCUUCGUUCGCUCGUCUUUUCAAAUCUCUGAGACUGCUCCUCAGGCAUGUACGAGUUGUCGGUGAGUUUGGUCGUGCCCGUUGUUUUCAAACUACAGUCUAACUCGAUCCUAGACGCAACAAAGUCCGCUGUGAUGGCAGUCGGCCGUGUGGACCUUGUGGACGUCGCAAGUCCGAAUGCCGGGACCAACUGUGCCGUAAUUGCGCUAAAGACGGUGCCGAGGUGUGCAAUCAUCGAACGCGCCUUGCACGUGAACGUGCGCCUUGCCCCGCUGCUUGCACAUAUUUGACACUUACCCACACCGGUUCGUAGCAACGACGCGGCCCCGUGCGCCAGCUCAGCCUCAGGCCUCGUCGUCGGGAACUACGCUUCCUCCCAUCCAAUCGGUCGUCUCCGGACCAGCGUCUGGGCCACAGCCACCCGCUGGCGGCUACUACAUCCUGCCGUGGCCGGUGGCUCCUGGCUCUCAUCCUCCGCCGUUCCCUGUCCCGUUCGGCCAACCGAU